UUUCAGUUCUUAACCGAUACAGUCUGUUAACCAUUUUUUUUGUAAUUUGCUAAAACCCUCCAUGGAAGAAUCAGAGAAAAUGGUGGCGUUGAAGAAGGCGUACGCGGAUAUAAUUUUGAACACAGCAAAGGAGGCGGCAGCGAGAGUGAUGAUAUCGGAGCGCAAAGCGUUGCGUUGUGAGAUGGAUCUGAAUCGAACCAAAGACGAGGCCCUUCGUCUGCUUGUGCGUUUGAAACAGAUGAUCGACUCUAAGAUGAAGGAAGCCGAGGUAACAUCUUUGACCAAGCAAAAAAAGAUUGAUGAGAUUGAAGCACAACUCUGUGAGGCUGAGGAUGUCAUAACAGAUCUCAGAUCAGAAUUGAAAUGGGUCAGAGAUAAAUUGGAGAGAGUGAAAAGUAAUCAACAGCCUUUGAAUGGACAAUUCAUGGAGGCAGAUAUGUAUUGUCAAGAAAAUGUGACAGCUGAGCCAUUGGUUCCCUCUAUUUUGAGCUCAGGACUUACAACCAUUACUGCUUCUGACAUGGAGAGCAACUUAUUGAAACAACAAAGCCUGGAUAAAAUGUCCUGCAGUGGAACUCAACAAACUGAUAAUGUAAGUGUUUCUCAGUUGGAGAACUUUGAUGAUCAAAAGUCCAACUUAGCCUCCAUAAUAGUGAGGAACAAGGAACCUGAGCUGUACAGAAAUGGUUGUACUCAGAGAAUUCGUGCACUUGAAAGAAACUUUCUGACCGAGAACCUACCUACUUUGGGAUAUGUAGAUCAAAAUUCCCUCAUAACGAAUGAGGUCGUUAUUGAGACCAGUAAUAAGGAUGAAGAAAAAUGUGCCAUACCCUCUCCUAAGACCAAAAAAUUUAACAUUACAAAGAAAUUUCUUGGAGGGGAACCAAAGAAAACUGUAAAGGUUCGCACUGUACGAAGAAGAAAGACUAGGUUUGGGAAAGCCAAAGGUAAUCUACGCAGGUCUCGUUCUGUUCAGCCCAUGAAACCUUGUCACUUGUCUUCUGUUCCUUCACAUUGCAAAACAUACUCGGUAAAUGAGAAUAUUAGAUCGCUAUCUUCAAUCAAGCCUGGCAAUGUGAGUACCAUGAAAAACUCUAGUGGCUUCUGCGAAAACAUGCAGCAUAAGGGUACCUUUAAUGAUGAUGGAAUCAUUCAUGAAGAGAAAAGAAAUGUGAAAUCACAGAGUAGGGAUGGCCCAUCUACCUCAUUCGCAUCUCCUCCUGAUCAGCUUAUCAAACCUUGUGAGACAUCUUCUACUAUUAACCGUGGCAUAGUUUAUUCAUUUGCUUUACGUGGUACUGUUAUAUCUGGUGAAGAUGGAUCAAAGAUAGCUGAAAAUGAAGCUAAGAUGAAGCCAUUGCCUCGUUUGGAUCCAGGAUUGACAUUAAUUAGAAGAGGCACAGAUCCUGUAUCUGGAUCAGCAAAUUUUUCUGUGAAUAUUAAGGCAGUUACUAAAUUUAGACAUGUUCCGGAUGGUUCUGACAAGAACACACAGUUGAGAAAUGAACCUCCAUUGGUACAACCUGGAGGUGAUGCCAUAGAUAAUUCAAUGGUUAGAUGCACUGAGAUGAGCCCUGAAUUGGUUAAUGAAUCACCAGUACUUUCUAACUCAAAAGAUGCUAAAUCAUCCAUAGAAACUAAUGAAUCUCCUUCUAAAUCUGAUAACAGUAAGUUUCUUAAAUACACUUUCCAGAGGAAGCGCAAGAAAGAGUCUAUGAACAGCUCUGAUGUGCACACUUCUCCUGAAAAAAGUGUUGUAAAGAGAAGGGCUGCAGAGAAACAAACUGAUGCACCAGAGCCACAGAAAUCUACCAUGAUCAAUGAAUCUUCUAGGGACAGUCGGCGACUGGCUCAGGUUGCCCGCCAGCUCAUAGCUUUAUCUGGUAGAAGAUGGUGACAAUGAAGCUGAUUGUUGGACAUUAUGAGCACCUAAGGUCCAAAACAACUCACCUCUCUAGGUUCUUGACAACUGAGCUAGCUGCAUAGUACGAGAGAUUCAUAAAAUAGUAAAUGCAUCUGAAUUUCACUCAGAAAUUUCUUCAUUCCGUUACAUUCUGAUAUUAUCUGCUGAUUUGCUCUACCUAGUUAGGAAAUUUAUAUACUCUGAUAGUUUAUAGUUGGCUUGAUUGGCCAACCAGUAGAACAGAAUUUAGAAAGUAAAAACCCAGUAAUUAUGUAAUAACCAGUUUAAAAUCGCGGCAUUAUGUUAUAUAUAACUCUAUCUGAGGCUUUAAAGGUUUAUCUUUGUUCAUGA